AUGCUUGAGCAAUCAAAACUACUUCGUAGGCCUCUGCCUCCAAAGCUGCUACCUGAACUGCCUAUGCCAAGGGAGAACACCUAUAAACACAGGAUUCCUGGAAAAGACCGACCUGGAGUGAUAAGAAGCACAAAUGAGGAAGACAGUAAUAUUUUUUCCAGUAGUUAUUUCAGUGGUCAAACACAAGUCCAUCCCAAAGAUACACACGUCCUUCUUGAUCAAAAUCUAAAAAAGGAGUUGACUCUUACUGCUCCUUAUUUUUGUACACCUGCUGGCUGCCCAUCGCAGAAAGAUGGUAGAUCCUCUGACAUGGAGGUUCUAGCUCCCCCCGAGGAGAGUGACUCUGUUUAUUGGUCUUUACCAAACAUUGCUGCUGCAGCAAGCACAACUGACAAGGAUAGAAUUACUCUUUCUGGCUAUUAUUCAAGCAGUCGAACAUCAGUCCAACUCAAAGUCCAAAAUCUUUUUCCUGAUCAAAUUCUUAAAAAAGAUAUUAUUAUAGCUCCAACUCCCAGUGGUCCCUCCAGCUUCCCAUUACACAAACGUCAUAAAUCCUUUCGCAUGCAGCUUCUUGGUUUACCGAAGGAUGAGCCUGCUUAUUUUACUUUACCAGAGUUUACCUUUGGGAGCUUAGCUGCAGUGUCCUCUUCUCACCCAUCACCUGUGAUGGCAACCUUUAGAAAGCCAGUUGUUUCUCGCUGUAACUAUCAAAAACUCAGUACCCAGUUGACCAGUAAAGUGAGAAAGAGCAUACAGACUGAAGUUAACACAAUGGUAUUGUCCAAUAAUGAGGAGUUCCCAGUAAUUUCACGAAGAAAGCCUGAGAGACAGAGUAUCAUAGAAAUGGCUUUGGAGGAGAAAAUGAGAAAAUCUAACUCAUUGGAACAGAUUUUAGAAGAAGGUGAUGAAGGAAAAGGAUCUUUUAUGGACAAUAUAAAGCUGUACACUCAUGGACAGAGCAAAAAAGAGUCUUAUUCAGAACCUGAUCGUACCCUUGAUGAUGAUACUAUAAAGGGUAUCCAGGGAUUUGGGUACCAGAAUUUGUUAAAUGAGCAGGAUGAACAAGAACAACUGAUGGCCAGGGCCAGAAUGGCAGUUUUAUAUUGCAUAAUGCAUAGCAGAACUGAACUUAAUCUUAAGGCCUAUUUCCUGACUCUCCUUCCAGACUUUACACCUUUAGUCGACACUUUGGUGUAUCUUAACCUGUCAUUCAAUGACUUACACUUCUUUCCCAGGGAGGUAUAUAAUAUUAAAAACUUAGAAGUACUGAAGCUCCGAAACAACCCCAUCAAAGAGAUCCCUGAUGAUGUCCACAAACUCAAGACACUUAGGAUCCUUAACAUGUCCUUCAAUUUACUAUCUGUCCUUCCCACUGGGCUGUUUUUAUUACCAUAUCUUAGUUAUCUGGAUGUUUCCUUCAAUGAUAUUAGCGUUAUCCCUCAUGAAAUCAGGAAUCUCAGGGCACUGGAAUGUCUGAAUGUUGAAGGAAAUCAGCUUUGUGCUUUGCCUUGUGAAGUUUUGAAACUUCCCCUGAAACUCCUUUACACAGAAAAUAAUUUAAUGCAUCCCUUCUUAUGGAAAGAAAACAGCCAGAACCAACCACAGAGACUUACUGAUCUGGCUGCCCUUUGCUUCUCCAGAAACAACAUGUGGCAAAGAUAUACUGAGAUCUCAAAGGACAUUCAAGAAAUAUUAAACAACUGUAGAGUCUGUGACUGCUGCAAAGGACCCUUGUAUGGUCAAGGACUUCGUCUCAUUCGAUCUUGCAGGAACAUAUUUAGAUUCCGCAGACUUCCUUUUCUCUUUAAUGCCUGUUCACCAUCCUGUUACAGCAGCUUCAUGUCUCAGACUGACUCUUUGACUUGA